GCUGACUGCGCGGCUCCGCUCCGCUCGGUCCGGGCGCUGCCCAGGCGGCGGCCUGAGGGGAGGCGGCGUGAGCGAUGGAAGAGUUAAUAGUUGAACUUCGUCUCUUUCUUGAACUUCUGGACCAUGAAUAUCUAACAUCAACUGUCAGAGAGAAAAAGGCAGUAAUUACGGACAUCCUGCUGAGGAUACAGUCCUCUAAAGGUUUUGAAGUGAAAGAUCAUGCUCCGAAGCAAGAGGCCCCCCACAGCCUGCCGGCCCCUCCCCAGAUGCCCCUGCCCGAGAUCCCGCAGCCAUGGCUGCCUCCUGACAGUGGGCCGCCACCGUUACCGACGUCCUCUCUCCCAGAAGGUUAUUACGAGGAAGCUGUGCCGCUGAGCCCUGGGAAAGCUCCAGAAUACAUCACCUCAAAUUAUGACUCGGAUGCAAUGAGUAGCUCUUAUGAAUCCUAUGAUGAAGAGGAGGAGGAUGGAAAGGGGAAGAAAACGCGACACCAGUGGCCCUCAGAGGAGGCCUCCAUGGACCUGGUAAAGGAUGCCAAGAUCUGUGCCUUCCUGCUGCGGAAGAAGCGCUUCGGACAGUGGACCAAGCUACUCUGCGUCAUCAAAGACACCAAACUACUGUGCUAUAAAAGUUCCAAGGACCAGCAGCCUCAGAUGGAACUGCUGCUCCAAGGCUGCAGCAUCACGUAUAUCCCGAAAGACAGCAAAAAGAAGAAACACGAGUUGAAAAUCACACAGCCGGGCACAGACCCCCUCGUCCUGGCAGUCCAGAGUAAGGAGCAGGCCGAGCAGUGGCUGAAGGUGAUCAAAGAAGUCUACAGCGGCUGCAGUGGGCCCGUGGAUUCCGAAUGUCCGCCCCCGUCAAGCUCCCCGGUGCACAAGGCAGAGCUGGAGAAGAAACUGUCCUCAGAGAGACCGAGCUCAGAUGGGGAGGGUGCCAUAGAAAAUGGAAUCACUGCAUGUAACGGGAAAGAACAGGUUAAGAGGAAAAAAAGUUCCAAAUCCGAGGGCAAGGGCACCGUAUCGAAAGUCACUGGGAAGAAAAUCACCAAGAUCAUCGGUCUGGGGAAGAAGAAGCCGUCGACGGACGAGCAGACCUCCUCAGCUGAGGAGGACGUCCCGACCUGCGGCUACCUGAAUGUGCUGUCCAAUAGCCGCUGGCGGGAGCGUUGGUGCAGAGUCAAGGACAACAAGCUCGUUUUCCACAAGGACAGGGCCGAUCUGAAGACCCACAUCGUCUCCGUUCCUCUCCGUGGCUGUGAGGUGAUCCCUGGCUUGGACUCCAAACACCCCCUGACAUUCCGACUGCUUCGCAACGGGCAGGAGGUGGCUGUGUUAGAGGCGUCUUCUUCUGAAGACAUGGGCAGGUGGAUUGGAAUUUUGCUGGCUGAGACGGGGUCUUCGACAGACCCCGGGGCCCUGCACUACGACUACAUAGAUGUGGAGAUGUCUGCGAAUGUCAUUCAGACAGCCAAACAGACCUUCUGCUUCAUGAACAGGCGAGUUCUAUCUACUAACCCGUAUCUAGGGGGCAUCUCCAACGGCUACGCCCACCCCAGUGGGACAGCGCUGCAUUACGACGACGUCCCCUGUAUAAACGGCUCGUGGGAACCCGAAGAUGGCUUUCCUGCUUCCUGUAGCGGAGGCCUGGGAGAAGAGGUGCUUUAUGAUAACGCAGUCCUGUACGAUAACUUGCCGUCUCCGAAAAUCUUUGCACGCCACCCGCCUGCUGACAGGAAGGCUUCUAGGCUAUCUACUGACAAACUGUCCUGUAACCAUUACAAACACCCCACCUCCUGCGGUCUGCCCUCCACUCAGUCUGUCACUAACACGUCUUCUGUGGGGAGGGCGUCCCUCGGGCUCGGCUCCCAGUUGAAGGGUAAAAAGCCCCCAGUAGCCUCCAAUGGAGUUACAGGAAAAGGAAAGGCUCUGAGCAGCCAGCAGAAGAAAGCGGAUUCGGCAGCCAGCGUGAAGCGCACACCUUCAAAUGCUGACCAGUAUAAGUAUGGCAAGAACCGGGUCGAAGCAGAUGCCAAGCGACUGCAGUCCAAGGAAGAGGAACUGCUGAGGAGGAAGGAAGGCCUGCGGAACAGGCUGGCCCAGCUCCGGAAAGAGAGGCGAGACCUGAGGGCUGCCAUUGAAGUGAACGCAGGCAGGAAGACCCAGCUGAUCCUGGAGGAGAAGCUGAAGACGCUGGAGGAGGAGUGUAAGCAGAAGGAAACGGAGCGUGUCAACCUAGAGCUUGAGCUGACGGAGGUCAAGGAGAGCUUGAAGAAAGCCUUGGCUGGCGGGAUCACCCUGGGGCUGGCCAUCGAGCCCCGGUCGGGGACCUCGAGUCCACAGUCCCCAGUCUUCAGGCACCGGACUCUGGAGAACUCGCCCCUGUCCAGCUGUGAGACCAGUGACGCCGAGGGCCCGGUGCCUGUGAACAGCGCAGCCGUCCUGAAGAAGAGCCAGCCGGCCGGCAGCUCCCCCUGCCGGGGGCACGUGCUCCGGAAGGCCAAGGAAUGGGAGCUGAAGAACGGGACAUAGAGGAGGGGCGGGAGCGCCCAGCGCCAGCAGGCGUUGCCGCCCGGAUGCCCCCGCAGGAAGCUGUGCCCACGUGGCUCCCGCGGCAGGACACGGGGUUUGUGACUGAGCCCCAAGGCCGUCCCCAGACCCGGCUCAUGUGUAUUCUUUCUACUGUAUAAUGGUGUUCUUUAAAGAAAUUGACCUGUAACGUUUUGGUUUCCAACUUUAUUUGUUAAAAAACAAAAAGGGAUGAAAGGUAUUGUACAAGAAUCCUAUGGCAGGUGGAGAAAUUCCAUCUUUUCACCCAGUGAAGUGAUGGCUUUAAGCAGUGUGAACCCAACCCCAGACUGAAGGUGAACGGGGCUGCGCGCCCUGGGCACAACCCUACAUGGGGCGUGGGUGAGCGGGUCCCGAGCCCUCGGCCUGGCCUCUCCAGUGAGUGUCACCAGCGGAGGUGGGUGCUGGGACUGCCCUGCCCCUCUGCCAGGGGGCCCGGAUGCUCGUAGCUGUGAUGCAAAUGGCACAAACCGCUAGUGUCUCUGCGGCCCCUCCCCACACACCCGCCUCCUCGUCCCUAGAGGAAUUGUGCUGUGACCGCAGUUUUUACCUUUUAAUUUUUUUUUUUCUGGACAGAUGCUUUUGUCACCAGGACAAGAAAAGCUGCCAUUCUUUUUAAACUUUUAAAAAAUGUUCUCUUUUAAUCAUGUGCCGCACUUAGCAAUAAGGGGUUUUUCGAGAUUCUGUAUGAUGUCUUAUUAAUGAUCUGUGCUGCUUUGGAAAGGCAGCGAGGGUUUCUGAUACUUCACUGAUGUGUGUCCUUCCCCCAUUUCCAAUGACCUGGCGUCUCUCCCGCUGCAGAGCCAACGGGGUCCUCAGCUGGGCAGCCUCACGGGUCACGGUUAGACUUCCCUUCCCAGGACGCUUACUAAUUGGGUGGGUCCAUCCCUUGCAAAGGAAGCAGGUUCUGCAAGUUGUACAGUUACAGACCCAUAGCACCGCGGCGCACGAGAAGGACUUCGAGAGAAACAGAGCGAGCUCCUAGUCCCCUGCACCCGCUGCCUCCAGUUUGCAGAUCAAAGCCACGCACGUGUCUGUGGACUUGGGUGCCAUCCUCCUCUCUGGACACACGGGCCUCAUCGGCUUGUCACUUUUCCUGUUUGCCUCCUGUGUGGCCUUUCUUGGGGUGACCAGGCGCUGAGGCCUAAAGGGGACAGAGAGAGCUAGCUUCUACUCUGUGGGCCUCAGAGCCACACUUCUUCUUUGUCUCCAGGGACGGUCUCAGGAAUUGUUACGAAGGUGCAGUCACUAAUCAGGAACUAAGGGUCAGGCACCCCAGCGCCUUCUGCAGACCCAUGCAUUGGAGCAGGGCCCGUGUGGAGGGCUUUUGCUGCCGAAACGUGGAGCCGUGGUGAGGCGCGCCUGGCCUGCCCCCCAAGACGGCUGUCCUUGUCCAGACGUCCUGCCUUCUCAGCACAUCCCGGGCUGCCACCCCUUCUGCAGGCGCUGUGGUCAGGGCUGGUUUUGCGCCAUGGCCAUCUGUCUGCACGGGCCGUAUUCGAUUUUACUGACUAGGCCAGGAAAGUAGGCCAGUCUCUGGUGCAGGAGGCAGUUUUCCAACAGGAAUCGGAAGCUGUUUAACUGGAGUCCACCUGAAACUUGAAUUUAUUGCAAAGCCAUGUGCCAGGAGCAUCUGUGGUUCAUGGGCUGUCACCUGGCACUGUCACUGACACCCACAGGUUAGCAGGCUGAGGCACACCCCACCAGCACGGGGCAUGGUUGACCCCAGCAACCCCGAGCAGGAGGCUGGGAGGGAGCCUGCCAAAGCCUCAGGCCCUCUUCCCGCCAGUGCUGGGUGGGGCCUGUUCCUCCCCGAGUCCCUCUGUCCGGUAGGAAGCUGGCCCACUGCGCCUGUGCAGCUCCUUUUUUGUGAAGGGAGAAGGGUUGCUCUCCCCUAGUUCUCUGCUGCCUGCGGGUCCAGCACUGUUCCCCCAGUUAAGGCUCUCGGGCCCUUUUGUGGGCAGCCAGCUCAGCCCAGAGAACUGCCAGGCUCAACUGUUCUAGGAAAGGAGACCCUGGCAGCCUGUGUUCUCCACCUCAGCCCGGCGGAGGUGGGCAGCACUCAGGCGGCGGGUAGACCAUCAGCGGGGCAGCCUCAGCGCACCUCGCCCAUUGCCUUCCUGGGCCGGGCAAGGACGCAGCCGGUCAGGUCUGGGGCCUGGUCUGUAGACUUCUGGCUACAUGUUUUGUGUUUCUCAAGCCCCGGGUUUUAAUUCACUUUCAUACCAUAGGCUUUUUAAAGAGGACGGUGAACUUAAAUCCUGUUGGGUUCCAGGGAGCUGUUUAAAAUGGGCCCCAUGAGGACAAGGCUGCUGAUAGCAUAUGUUCCCUCCAUGUUUUUAGAUUUGAUCGGAAAGUUAGUUUAAAGCACUUGCUUCAAAAUAAGUUAUUUAUUUGUAUAUGUUCAGUAUAGUUUUUAAUUUAUAUCUGUAUAUAUUAGACACACAUUAGACAUCUUGUCAGGAUCCUGACAAUGACCUUGUUUUAUUACCCUCCCAAACCGGGCCCCAGGGGUGCCCCCUGCCCCUGGGGAGGCCCCGAGACAUGGAUGGAGCCGGUGGGUGGGGGAGCGCCUGACCCCAGUCCCUCGCUACUGGGGCGCAGGUCACGCUCUGCAGGGAGAAGGCAGAUUCCUUUGGAAGUGUCACCUGUUCCCUUAACAGUUAGUCAUGUUCACAGAGAUCCUGACCAACAGUGGGAAGACCGUGGCGCCACACGGAGGGGCUCGCAUGCGCGGCCCUGCCCCGGCCUCCCCACUAGAACGUGGAGCCACGCUGUCAGCCUCAGGGGUCUGCUUCUGGCUUCUUGCUGGUAAGGUGCCAUCAACCUUCGAAGUCCCCUCCACUUUUAUAUUUUUAUAAUGUUUUUAACUCCUCCACCAACCUUUUGCACAAAAACGGUGAUGGGGAAGGGCUCACGGUGUCACCAGUGCCAUGGGCACAGGCGGAAGCAUUUGCUCCCCCUCUGCCCAGAGUCUGUAGAGGGUCAGGCGGGGCCCAGCUGUGGGGGGCACAGAAGCCAGCAGGCCUUGUCCAGCCUCAGGACGGUUCCACCACCCGCAGGGUGACCUGAGUGGGGCUGGGGAAUGACUGGGCCCAGAUGCCAGACUCAGCGUCCAGAGGGCGAGGCCUCUCGCACACAGAUCUUCCCAAGGUCUCCUCUUGGGAGGACUCUGGUGACAUUAGGCUGUAGGGCGAAGCCAGUCUUGUCCCCCUGUGGGUGCCCUCAAGGUGGCCAGGCCUGGCCUUUACCUCGUCCACCUCACUUGUCCGGAGCUGUUUCUGGCUGUUCUAAAAACCCUAAGCCACUCGGGAGAGGUCGGAGGUUGCCACUUUUUGCAAAGUCUGUUUCAAAAUGUGUGUCCUAGGCCCUGAAGGCAGCCCCAGGAAGGAGAUGCAGGUUCGCUUUCAUCGCGCGACAGUUUGGAACUUUUGUGCAGGUUUCCAAGGGGACAGCUGUGAGGCUGCGGGUGGGCUGUGGGGCCUGGGAGACUCAUUCCACACCUCUUCUUGCCAGAAGGAGUGUUAACUGUCAGCAGCUGUUUGGGGCAAAUGUGAACUGGCCCACCGACCCAGCCCACAGGCAUUGUUCUCUGCUUAUUCACCAAGUCAUGGGAUAGGAACCUCCUGAGGAUGAGCGGCUGGUUGGGCCCACUCAGGCGAUGCCUCUGUCACCAGAGAAACUGGUGGUGUCACCUCUCUGCCUGGCGCAGCUGGCAGGUGGCUGACCACCAUCCCGCCUGUGCUGACCCUUACAAAUAGCCUCUUCCAGGAGCACGACCACCGGAAGUCUAGGCAGAUGCUGCUCCCUUUACGUAAAGGCCACAGCGCCAUUGAAAUGUUACACUAUUGCCUUCCUCCUUUUUCCUAAAAUAAUUGUUAACGGGGAAGAUAAUUUCAAAUCAUGGCAUGGUUUUAAGGAGGGCAAUUAUCAGUAUUUCUUUGUUCCUGUUAUUGCUGUCUCAUUAUUAUCCCCAUGAUGGGCUAGCUUGAUACUGUGAAAUAAACUAAAAGUUUUGUGCCAUACACACACACACAGCCCCGCAUCGCAGAAAGAGCGACAGCUCGUUGAGUGGGAGGCAGGACAGCUUGUCUUCGGGGAGCUGUGGCUGCAUUCAGACGCACCCGUUUGCCCGCCUCUCGUGGAGCACUGCCCGUUAGAAAAGCUUACUUUUAGGGUGCACAAGCGUGACCAGGUAGCUCUACUUGACGCCAUGGGAGACGUUUUCAAAAUGGGCUCAUCAGAUCAUAAUUCUUAGGGACCAAAGGUGUUUUUAUAAUCUUUGUAUUUGAUUUUCUGACGAGAAGGGAUGCUUAAAUUUUAACAUCAACUUUUAAAUUACAGGUCUUCAUCAUUAAGUGACCGUAGCUAUACAUUGUAAUAUGUUUUCAUAUUAAGAAUGUAAUUAUUUCCUUAUUGUAUUUUUUAAAAACUAAAGUCAUAUUUAAAAUUCUCUUUGAAAGAAGCAGGCAGGAAACAGGAUUUUUUUAAAUUAAAUAUGUCGGCAGUGCCCAUUUUAAAUGACUGUAAAUAUGUUUUCACUGUGUUUCGCAAUGUAUUUAAUUCAUAAAAUGAAAAAUUUUAUCAGAAGAAACCUGCAAUGGAAAUAGUAGUCCUCCGUCCAUUUGCCCCAUUUUGUAGUCACCUCACUUGAACUUCUUUACUAAGGGAUUUUUCUACUGUUUUCCACGGUGUAGCCCACAGACUGGCGCCCUGCGGCGUGACUCAUUUCUGUAUUAUUAAUAAAACUCUUCCAACCAGG